CCCUUCCAUGAACAUUGAUCAAGAAUUGACUCUGUGCUUUCACACCCACCAUCAUGAAUACGUUGAUUCAAUCAGUAAUGGGCACCAAGGUGUCUCACUCGAGUCUCUUUGACACCCCCACGACACGGUUGGGGGAGACCAAAAGACAUGGAGAUAGAGGAAGCUCGCCUUCCGAGGGGAACACCUCGUCUGCAGGAAGCCCAAUGCAGGAUAUUUUCUACCUGAAUAGUCUGAAUCAAACGGUUGUCGCGGCUUGGGACCUCCAAGAUCCGGAUCCAAACAACCCCAGCAAAAGGAGUCGCCAGCGACAUACCGAGAAGUUGGGAAUGGGCCGUGAUCGGCGGAAUAAAGUCCCUCGUGCGCACUUUUUGCCUGGAGGAAAAUACAGAGGUAUGCCAUGUUUCUUAAAAGGGGGCUUUGGGUGUCUUCUGACCAUGGGGCCUCAAACAGCAAUCUGCAAGUUAUUUAUGGGAUUCUCUGGUAGCAAGGGAUUCGAAUACAUGGGCACCGGCUGGCUAAUUACCAAGGAUACUGUUGUGACCGCCGGGCACUGCUUAUAUGACAGUAACGGGGGAUAUCUCCGGUCCGUCAAAGUAUACAUAGGCUACCAAGGACCAGAGGACACGGCCUUGGACCGGAACUCGUGCGAGAUGCGUCUGGGAAAAGUCGCGACAAUUCCCGCCGAGUAUAUCAAAACGGCUCACACGGUUCAUGAUGUUGGCUUUGUUCUUGUCAGUGACCAGAAGCUAACGGCCACUGCCGCACAGAUCAAGCUGCAGAGUCCCUUUAUUGACGUGGAACCGUUUCAACCGGAGAACACGCCUAAAUCUUCGCCAGGGAUGAAGUUGGGCGUAGUGGGUUAUCCGGGAGAUAUUGAAGGGGGCAAUGAUAUGUAUGAGCAUUGGGAUAUGACCAAGUUCGACCUGGCGGAAAGCCGAUACCUCAGCUACCAGAUUGAUACGGAAGUGGGCGAAUCAGGAUCCCCCAUUCUUCGGGAAAUACAAGGAAGUAAUCGGCUGUCACCGAUUGGUGUCCAUACGGAUGGAGGCUAUCCAAACUCUGGCUCGGUGAUCGGUCCGUUGGGCAACUUGUUCUCGGAUUAUACAACAGCUAUUAGGGUCAAACAGACCGAAAAGCUAACGCCAAAUACCGUGCGGAUGCCUGUUCCACGCGUGGCAGGGGCUCGUAACUUGGAGUAUAUCAGCAUCCCUGCUCCAGCGCGCAGCACCGUCCAGGUUGACCCGUAUGAUGGCCCGGUGAUUAAAAGGCCGGGCAAAGAAAGCGCUUCGCGAACAUCCCAGACCUGGUUGGACAGAUUGGAUGAAAGGCCAUCGCCUUCCCCGAAACACAGAGAGGCAGCCAAGGUCAUUGCAGACCUCGAAGGUUCAGGUGGAAAGGAACCAUCACCGGGCUCCGAUCGAGUCACAGAGGCUGCAGCACUUGCGAGGGGGUUGGAAAACGGAUUCACCGUGGGAUCGCGGAAGAAAAAGGAGUAUGGUACAAAUACCACGGCCGGACGGGGGGCAUUUAUCAAGAGUCUCAUCACGGUUAUCAGAGAAGAAGGUGGUCUGUUCCUGCCCUAUGGACCCGAGCGGACUGAGAAUCAGUGGCACUAUAGCCAGGACAUGAACUAUCUGCCUCCGGGACAAGACAACACAACAGCUAACAGAACAGUCGAAAUGUCGACACGUCUCCCCCAGAACUUGCCAGCAACAGAAUACAAGGAGAGCGGAGCUAUUUCUGGGGAAACACAGGAGGAGCUAAUACAACAAGUCAACACUCGAAUGGAGAGCGAGCAGGGCUUGCAAACCAAGUUCUUCCUCAAUUUUCCACCCAAGCUAGAAGGGAAUGCCAAAGAAGAGCUCAAGAAAAGUAUGCGCUAUGUACAAGAAUGGCAAUGCUGGGCAUACGGUCUUGCAGCGCUGAAGGCCCAACAGCAGGUUAAAGCGGGCAAAUUGACCUCGGCAGCUACUCCGGAGGGGGCAGCCAAGCGCUCGACAUAUGAAAACAUGGUGUACGAUCAUCUGAUGCGACAGAGCCCUUGGAUCUCCAAAACAUACGACGAAGUACAGAACAGACAGAUUAGCUGCACUAAAGCUGACCUUCAUACCACCCUCAUCAAAGCUGCUGUCGAAGGGUUCACUGUACCCGGGAAGCUUAUGAAGAGUCUCCAUGACGUGCUUGAAAGCAUCUCUAAAGGAAUUAUCUCCUUCAGCAUGGAGUCAAAGAGCCAGGAAGUACAGUACUUUAUCAUGUUCACAAAGUACGACUACGAACAGUUCUCCGAGACGGUACAAACCUCAAUACGCGUCAUCAGUUUCAAAACGGACGUCUCCGUGAAUGAAUUCAACCUGAACAAAAACACCGUCUCGAGGGUGGAACUUGCCUUUUCCUACCACCAAUACCAGUGUGACUUCAACAGUGAUCUCUACGCCGAGAUCAAGGGAGACUUGAGCCUCAAAGUAGUUGAUGCAGGGCGACAAUUCAGCGGGCUGAAAGUCGAGGAUAUCGACCUUGAUCUUGAUUCAGCUUCCCAUGAGUCCAUGCCACUGCCCCUUCGUUCUGUGGGGAAACAAUCCGCUUUCGUUAGGGAUAAUGCUGCAAGCUAUGACAAAAUCGUAGACAAUCUGACCGAGCUAUCUAAGCUAGGCCAGGGUUCCUCCGAUAGUGCUGCCGCAAUUGCGGAUAUCCUAGAAGCGCAGUCAGUGGAUGUUGGUGUUGCCGCAUUGAUUGGCACAAGGUUAGCUGUGCAGGGCCACCAGCUUCUCAAAGAGAAUACUGCGAUUCCAACCUCUCUGCGCUUUUACGAUGCUGGACAGGAUCUGAGAAACGAACUUCAGACCCUUACUGAGGAGAAAGAAACCGUGGAGCAGCACAACAAGUCCUUACAAUAUGCCCUCGAUGAAGCUCGGCUUAAAGCCGAGCACCAGGCAAAGGAUAUCGAAAGCCUUAAUGAGACCGUAAAAGUGCUUCGCAGGCUGGUUCCCGAGGUCGAAAUCACUGAUCAGUUGAAGUCCGCACAGGCCAAGGUUCAGGAUCUUUAUAGCGAAAAUGAGCGUCUCAAGAAAGAGAAUGCCGACGCCGUAAGGGACCUGCAAGCAAGCAAGGACGAGUCCAGAAUACGAAACGAAACUGCAUUAAGCGGGCUCCAGGCGCAGAUUUCGGCCCUGAAAGGUAGAUGUGAGGAAGCCGAAAAGCAGAAAAAGACCGCACUGGAAAGCGAAGAGGCGACCAAGGCGUUGCUGCAAAAUGCCGAGCAAGGAGAGGAAAGGCUCGCAGUUAGGGUCAAAAGCCUCAGAAACAGGAUUAAAGGAUUCGACCCCGGUUUAUCUUACCGAGAUAGCGGUGAUCUGGAAUUGGAUCCUGAAUCUGAUUCCAAAUCCUCAGACACGUCCGCGUUCUCCCAUCCCGUGGCAUUCGAUGUAGAGAUGGUGGAGCGGCCAGAGAUCCUGGUGGGAAUCAGUGACUUGAAACCUGAUGGAAAGGCCUUCGGUUUUCAGGUACUAGCCCAACAUGCAGAAAAGACCGGAUUUACAAUCGAACAUGGCAGAGAUGGUCCCAUGACCAAGUUGAAGGCCAAUUGGCUCGCUCUGUCUGACUUCGGGGCCGAUAUACAUGUGCAAGAAUUCCAAGUCCCUUCCCCAUUGCCGACCCAGGCAUCAACCAAAUUUGACCUUCCGUUCUCAAAACCUGUCUCUGAGGGUUACGAGUUCUGCUCAUGGCUGAAGAGUUUCAAGGUUGGAUCGACCGACCUAACAGACAUCCAAUUGGAACUAGAUGUCAAGAAAGACGAGAAUGGACAAGUCCAGUCAAUCUUUAGCUGGAGUCUUCAAUGCUUCGACAGUCUCACAUAUGAGUGUUUUGCAUAUAAGCCCAACGGUAUGAAACAGAUCCAAAUCGGUUACAUCGACGAUGGAGAAGAGGGAGCCACAUCACAUGAGUGGGUUGAAAAAUUUGAUAGAGGAGAGCCCUUCACGCGGAUACCUCGAGUGUUCAUUGCGCUCAGUUCAUUUGGUCCGGGAAAGGUUGAUACGUUUUGGUUUGAGUCGGAGGUGACAAAUGUGAGCAAGGAUGAAAUGACUGUUGUGACCAGGAUGGACAGGGGCGAUAGAGGACCUUGUUUUAUCAGGUACCUUUGGAUCGCAGUCCAGUAGGGCGGAUGAAUCAACAGUCAUAAGUCCUCGACAUAUGAUUAACGGUAAUCUAUCCGGAAAACUCAGAGUGCUCAGUAUCACCCUCUGCCACACCAGUGCUUGAUACGGGAGCAUCAUACAGUGGCCUUGGUCUAAUUUGCUUGUGCGUCCGGGAAAUAGUAUUCAUGGCUGCCAAGGAAAGUAUUACCACUCGAUAUGAUCCAUGUGAAGAUGGCAGAGAUUUUGAAUGCUUUGGUGAUUAAUGGUAUAUAAGUUUUUCGUCA